UAGAGGUCGCUGCGCACGCGUCAAAAGCGAUCAGCAUGGCGGACGAUGAUGAUCCAGUGGUUCACGAGGUGGAUGUCCUCUUAUCAAAAAGUCUUGCAGAAAAUCUUUAUUUAUUCCAAUAUCCAGUUCGCCCAGGAUUUAUGCCUUAUGAUGAAGUCAGACACUUGAGUGCUAGAAUCAAACCAAAGCAACAGAAGGUUGAAAUGGAACUUAGUGUUAACACAAGAAGUCCCAACUAUGCCAUUAGUAAAGGAGAGCAGGUGGCCCUGAAUGUGGAUGGACCACAAGGAGUUGGAAAUUAUUAUCAGAGUGGAAUGAUGGACAAACAGGUGCUUGCUUCUGAGCCAAGUGUCAUAUCCACAUCCAGAUAUGCAGUUGGUGUAUUGAAAGAUGGUGAACUUCAUCUGACCCCACUCCACGGCUGUGUACAGCUCCACCCCAGCUUCAGCUAUUUAGACAAGGCAGAUAACAGAGAGAAAGACACAGCAGAUGCAGGGGAAUCCUCUCAGGAUGAAGGUGAGGAGGAGGCCAAACCAGUGAUGGUUCGCUUUGGUCGCCCCGAGUCUGAUGAGGCUAAGGCCAGACGUUUAGCAUCAUACGAAUAUUUGAAUAAGAAACAGGAGGAAGAAAACUGGGUUACUUGCAGAUAUAAUCAAAUCCAAGAUGAAAAGGCUGAGCAGGAAAGGCUGUUGUUGUAUGCCAACAGUGGUAAUGAGAUGACAGAAUUCUGCACUCCACCACAAGAAUACCUCAAGCAGCUCAUGCCAGAAAUGAAGAAUGUUGAAGAAGAAAAGCCAGCACUUCCCAAUAAUGUACUUGCUAUGAACCAGCUGAAGACGAUGCCUCUCAGUGAUCAAGUCAAAGCCUUACUUAUAAAUGCUAAGGUUAUCAAGUUCAGCCAACUGAUGACAUUCCUUCCAAGGGGCACUGAUGAAGAUGCUGCCAUACGUUCCCUGCAACAAGUGGCCAUGAUGGUUCAGGGAUGCUGGGUAGUGAAAAGUGAAGUUCUUUAUCCAAAGGAUUCUUUCAGUGCUCAUAGUGGAGUAUCAGCAGAGGUGCUCAGUAGGGUUAGAGAUUAUGUGAUGUGGAAGUUUACUCAAAAUCGUUAUGUCACAAGAAAGGAGAUCUCGUCUGUUGUUAGAAUGCAGUCUGAAGAUUUAAAAGACAUUUUAGAGCAAAUGUCAAAGAUGAAAGUGCACCAUGGCUGGGAAUUUGUGUGUGGAUUUGAUGAGGAUUUUGUUGACAGAAACCCAGAGGUAGUAAAUAGACAGAACAAGUUAUGGGAAUUAAAAAUCCAACAGAUAACAAAAUCAUUUAAAGCUGCCAAAGAGACUCCUGUUUCCCCAGAGAAAUCUAAACGUAGAAGAACAAUAUCCCGUUCACGAACAAAGUCUGGGAGUGGGAUGUCAGACUUAAGUGAUACGGACAUUGCAGAUGGUAAAGUUAAGACAGAAAGACAGAGAAGGCAGUCAGGUGCUGGGGACAGACAGAGGAGAAAGUCAGGACAUGCCAUGGAAGUUGAUCCUCCAGCCGCAGAAAACCAUGUCAGCAAUGGUCCUACAGAUAACACAACAAAUGGUGCUGCUGUGUUAAGUCCAAGUACUCAAACGGACAACACAAACAAUACAACCUCUGUUGAGCUGAGAACAGAGCUUACAAACUUUAUCCAGGAAAAGCUCUAUAGUCGUUAUGUCCUGACAUUAAGUGACUUGAAAAAGUUAUAUCAAAUGAAAUUAGCUCAGUGUGCCCCUGGGCACGUUUUGGCAAGUGGUGUCACUGAUCACCUGCUACAAAAAACUGUGAUAGAAGUGGGUGGGUCACAACUCCAAGUCCAGUGGCCUCCCAGUUCACAAGAGGAACCCAUUUUUGCUCUCUUAAAAACUGGAGACAAACUAGACCAGGCUCGUGCAAUGUUGUCAGAAUUGCUAAAGAAAUCACAUAAAAUCAAAAGCUCAGCACUACGAAAAAGAUAUGAGGAUGAAACAGGGGAAGUCUUAAAUGAGUCAGAUUGUAAAAGAAUCUUGAAAGAUUACUGUGUGACAAAAGGAAGUGUUUGGCAUCUUAAAGGAAUCCCAGAAACAUGACAUAUUCAUGCUCUUUAGGUUUAAAGUCUGUCUCCAAUAGAUUAACAGUAUUAGAAUUGCAGUUAAAACAGUACAGUGAAAAAUCAAAUGAAGAGUUCAUUACUGUGGAAUAGAAGAACAAAUUUUUAAUUUGUUUUCAUGAAUUAAAUAAGAUUAAAGAAGGAAUAUAUAAAAGGUGACACUUGCUUGAUGAUGAUGUGUCACCUUUACAAAAGAUGUUAGAAAGACAAUACAUUGCUUCCAACUGCUAUAACCUUUACAAUCUCUGAACCAGAACUAAAGACUGUUACAUCACAUUCUUUUUGGAAUAAAAUGAAAUGGAACUUG